CCGGCAGCACCAUGUCGCUCAUGGUCCUCAGCCUGGCGUGUGUUGGGUUGUUCUUGGUCCAGAGGGCCUGUCCACACACGGGUGAUCAGGACAAGACCUUCUUGUUUGCCCGGCCUAGCGCUGUGGUGCCUCAGGGAGGACACGUGACUCUUCGGUGUUACUAUCGUGAUGGACUUAACAACUUUACCAACUUCACUCUGUACAAAGACGACAGAAGCCACGUUCCCAUCUUCCACAGCAGAAUAUUCCAGGAGAGCUUCCUCAUGGGCCCUGUGACCCCGGCACAUGCAGGGACCUACAGAUGUCGGGGUUCAUACCCGCACUCCCCCACUGAGUGGUCGGCACUCAGUGACCCCCUGGCGAUCAGGGUCACAGGAGUCCACAGAAAACCUUCCCUCCUGGCCCUCCCAGGUCCCCUGGUGAAAUCAGGAGAGACGGUCACCCUACAAUGUUCGUCAGAUACCGUGUUUGGGCACUUCUUUCUGCACAGUGAGGUGACCUUUGAGAAGCCCUUGCACCUUGUUGGAGAGCUCCACGGUGGGGGUUCCCAGGCCAACUAUUCCAUCAAUUCCACGACGUCUGACCUUGCAGGGACCUACAGAUGCUACGGUUCUGUCACUCACUCCCCCUAUGUGUUGUCAGCUCCCAGUGACCCCCUGGACAUCGUGAUCACAGGUCUAUAUGAGAAACCUUCUCUCUCAGCCCAGCCGGGCCCCACGGUUCAGGCAGGAGAGAACGUGACCUUGUCCUGCAGCUCCCGGUGCUCCUUUGACAUGUACCAUCUAUCCAGGGAGGGGGAGGCCCGUGAACUUAGUCUCUCUGCAGUGCGAAGCGUCAACGGAACAUUCCAGGGCGACUUCCCUCUGGGCCCUGCCACCCAUGGAGGAACCUACAGAUGCUUCGGUUCUUUCCGUACCGCACCCUACAAGUGGUCACACCCGAGUGACCCACUGCCCGUUUCUGUCACAGGAAACCCUUCAAGUAGUUGGCCUUCACCCACUGAACCAAGCUGCAAAACCAGUAUCACCAGGUACCUCCAGGUACCUAUUGUGAUUAGGUACUCGGUGGCCACCAUCAUCUUCACCAUCCUCCUCUUCUUUCUCCUUCGUCGUUGGUGCUCCGACAAAAAGAGACUCUGAAGAACAAGACCCUCAGGAGGUGACAUACGCACAGUUGGAUCACUGCGCUUUCACACGGGGAAAAAUCACUCGCCCUUCUCAGAGGCCCAAGAGACCCCCAACAGAUACCAGCGUGUACAUAGAGCUUCCAGAUGCUGAGCCCAGAUCGUUGUCUCCAGCCCAGGAGCACCACAGACAGGCCUGGAGGGGUCUUCUAGGGAGACCACAGCCCUUUCUCAAAACCAGCUUCACAGCUCCAAUGUACCAGCAGCUGGUAUCUGAAAUCUCGACUCUGCAUCUUAGAGCAUUGCUCUUCCUCACACCACAAAUCUGCUGGCUCUGUCUUGCUUACCAAUGUCUGCGGUUCCCACUGCCUGCUGGAGAGAAAACACACUCCUUUGCUUAUCCCACAAUUCUCCAUUUCACUUGACCCCUGCCCACCUCUCCAAACUAACUGACUUGCUUCCUAGUCCUACUUGAGACUGCAGUCACACUGAGGAGCUCACAAUUCCAAACAUACAAGAGGCUCCGUCUUAACAUGGCACUUAGACACGUGCUGUUCCACCUUCCCUCAUGCUGUUCCACCUCCCCUCAGACGAUUUUUCAGUCUUCUGUCAUCAGUAAACCUUAUAAAAAUUUGUUGUGAUUUCUAUGUUGCUCUCUCGUCUUCAAAUAAACGUGACUGUCCAAUUCUA